GUUUGGACGUCAAUGUUUGGAUGGUAACAGAUAACACGAUUUUUGCAACAACCAUUAGAAUAUGCAUCGUUUAAAGCUACUUGAAACGGGGUGAUAUUUCAGUAUGGUGAAAAAGAAAGAGAAAGUGUCCAGGCAAUCUGUUAAGAAAGAUGCAGGAAAGAAAAAAGGAGAUGUUGUUAUUCACACCGGACUGCCACCAAAGGUUGAAGGUCAGCUGAGAUGUUAUUGUUGCCUUACUGUCAGUCAGAUUAAGUGGUCCUGCCCCUCCCCUCCUGAUGUCACCCAUGUACGUGUGAGGUGGUGGGGAGAAGAAGGAGAUGGGGCCAUCUUCAGACCAUAUGAUGCCAGGAAGGGAAAUUUUGCCAUGGCAAAGACUCUGGCCAGGUACCCAAUCAAGUCUGGUCCUAAGCAGUUUGCAGCCUACCUAACUGACAUGUCCAGUCUGUUGAUAGAAGUACUAAGUGGGGGAAUGAUGGUACCUGUUGGGUAUGCUGAAGUUACAGACAUUGCAAAAAUAUCUCCAAGCUCUCCAGUUCAAGGAUGGUACCCUGUAAUGUCCCCAAAUGAAGAUAAGAUAGCAGAUCUUGAGGUCUCAUUACAGCUGGAAACUGUGGCAGACUCGUAUGACAGCCUUGGUGAUACCAUCCCAACAACAGACAUCAGUAUGGAGAUGAAUGGUGCUAACGGAUCCAUGUACCCACAACGAAUACAACACAAACCCUAUGCAAUGCCACCAAAGAAACCAACAGAUGAUCCAUUUAUAUCACCUGUUCCAAAUCAGAAUGGGUCGGUUUCAAAUGGCUAUGCAAGCACUGCAGCAGAUUUAAGGAAGCAGCUCAAUUACAGUUUCCAUGACAACCAUUCCCAUCCACAGCCGGUGCAGUCUGGUAGUUCUGUAGAAGUGACGGCUAAUGGCGACAUUGUCACGUCAAAUCUGGACCAAAACCACCUUAAUUUCAUCUCACAUCCCACUCCCAACCACAGUGCCAUAUCAGUGCACUCCACCAGUGCUUCACAUAAACCCAAAUCACCAAAGAAAAAAUCAUCCAAUCAUGUAGCUAGUUCACAAACUUUAGCCAAUGGCAGUGAAGCCCCAGUAGGAGGGGACGUUCUGUCAAUUCUUUUGGAAAGGGGAGAUAAAUUACGCAAAGAAAUGAUCAUUUCAUCCAUUGAAGACAAUGUUACUCAAUCAAGAGAAAUUCCUAGUGCUAUUCAUAGGACUGAGUUGGAAAACAGAGAUAUGGAUAUCUCCAGAAUGUCUGAAAGCCGCCAGUCAUCAGGAAGUUUUUUGAAGGAAAUAUUACAGUCUGAGAAGGCUCACAUGAAUGGACAUGUUGAGUUGCCGUUUGAAGAGAAUGCUAUUGACUUGGUUGUAGGGGAAACAGGAAUAGAUGAUUUACAGAUGUUGAACAUGGGAGGAAGAAGUCCAGGUUCCAUAUCAGAUGAUAUGGAUUUGGUCAGUGAUCCAGGAGAUCCUAUUCACAGUGAAACUCUCCUAAAGGAGUUGUUCUACAAAAACCCAGACAGCGAGGUGAGCGAGUUGAGUGAACUCAGUGAUGAUGAAAUAAAACCAAGGAAAACAGAGAGUAAACUGAGGGCUAUUUCUCCUGCUCCAUCUAUGGAGGACCCUGACAAUGCUCGCCCCCCUUCAAGACGGUCAUCUGUCUCGAGUAUUACCCUCCCUCUGCCAGUGACAGAAACUCCAGAGAAGGCAACCAAGAAAAAGACAGAGAAAUCAAGGACUCCUAAAAGGAAGGGAAGAAUUAAACUCCGCAGGAAAGGCAGCAAGAAAAGAAGGAAAGGCUCUCGGUCGCGCAGCAGUGCCAGUGAACUUAGUGACAAUGAUUCUAUUUAUACCUCUAGGUCAGAAACCUCCCAGGUGUCAUUUGAUAUGCCAGCUUCUGACCUGGAUGAACCUGAGCAAGAGGCAGCUCCAAGGCGAGGCAAAAAGAAAGUGGAUGGUCUGAGUGUUGAGAGACUGACCUUACUAGGGAGAGUUCAUGUGGCCAGGGUUGUCAUUGACCACCUCAAACUGGUGGGCUUUGAAAACACAACUCCAUCCAAAAAGAAACCCACAAGUAAAUCUGUAGGCAGGCCUCCUAAACCCUCACCAAAAGCCAAAAAGGCUGUAACCUACUUCAUUGAAUACCAGUUUCCCGUUGUGGCCACAUCUAGAGAUAAACAUGCACCUAAUGCAAUGGCAACAGAGGUUAUGAGAGUUGCUUCAAAAAAUGUUAAAGAUGGAGUUGUGAGUUUUAAUCAUCGUUCAGUCUUCCCUAUAAUGUUUGAUGGAACAGCAGUGGACAGUUGGUGGAAGUCUGCUCUGGUCUUUAAAUUGUUUGCUAGGUCUGCAGGUCAAAAAGUGCCAAAUCAGGUUGGGAGUUGUGGCAUUCCACUAAAAUCUGUGUUAAAGUCCGACUCCCUUCACUUGGACUGUUCACUAGAUGUACAGGAAAAUAGUGUCAACAGACCAAACAGCUCCUCAAGGCGAAGCAGUGAUGUUGAGGGAGCCUAUGGAAAAUUAAAGUUGUCAGUAGAGUUAGCAUCAGAUAGCAAAGAUUUCUCCUCAGCUUUGGCAAAGACAAAGCUGGCUGAAAUGAGUGGAAAAGCCAAAAUAGUGCCCAUUCCUAAACCUCCCCCUCCCAAACCCCCAGUAUCUCAGGAACCAAGUGCUGUUAAUGCUCAAAGUCAAGUGCUGCAUUUCAACCAAUUACGCAAACAGACAGAAUCAGAAAUGAAAGAAAGUAUAGUGAAAGAGGUAGAAGCCUUUUUACAAAGGAAUUCUCAGUCCAGCAGUGUGUCAUCUUCCCAGCAGAGGAACUUUAAUCAGGGUCUGCUUCAGAUCCCAGUGUCCUAUGGCCAGUCUGAUUUACCAGAGGUGCUAACAUUGCAUACUUUGUUGUUGAUUCCGGAGGGACGAAAUAUCACCCUUAAUGGCAUUCCCUGUCUUACUUCAAUGAAGAGACACCCAGUUUUUCCUCCCAAACCACAAGUACUGUCCUCAGAUCCCAACAGUCGCAGUAUGAACUCGAGGAACACAUAUCUGGUAUGUAGGAUGUUCUGGUGUGAUGAUGCUGUACAUUCAGAUGUCAGUUGGAGCGACCCUCAACCUCAGUAUCAUUUUUCCCAGAUUGCACCAGUGCUUGUUUCUCAAAGUCUGCUGGAAAGAAUGAGAAACAACUUUAUGAUUGUGGAAGUAUGGGACAAGAAAACAAAUGCAGAAAAUGACAAGCUGAUAGGUAUAGUUAAACUAAGUCUUCACCAGUUCUACAUGUCAUUUAGAGACCGUAAGAUUUCUUCUGCAUUGCUCAAAUCACAGUACCCAGUGAUCGCUGUGGACAAUUAUCUGCCCAUUGUUGACCCCGUUAGUGGGGCACAGUUUGGACAGCUCAAAGUUUUGUUGGCCAUGGGUUCAGCAGAGCAAGUGUCGGCAUUACAACGAAUGAAGAUGGAGAAUGCCGAGGGCCUACACGUCUUAAGGCCAGCUCAUCAGCUGGAUGGAAAUAUGGAAACUAGUCAAGAAACCCCAGUCAGGAAUCAGUUUGGAACAUCUGUGUUAGUGGAGCAUAUCUUUGAGGUUGUGAUAGAACGAAUCCGAGGUCUUUCUAUGUUUGACAACAUGAUGUGGGGGGAGGCAGACUGCUUCAUACAGUAUCACUUCCCCACCCAAACACAAACUGAGGUUCCUGGGGCACCAAUAGUCAGACACAGUGUACCAAAGAUGAAGACAUUCCGCAGUGCCACCACUCUAUGUAUACCUGACCCAACCUUUAAUGAUAUCACUCGACACAGGCUAUGUCUCCCCCAGGGUAGCCCUGUUCAGAGAGAGUUACUUACAGCAUGUGCUGGAUCUGGUAGCAGUGGGGGAGUUCCGUUUGAGGUCUGGUGUAGAUAUUACCACCCCAAUGUUAGGGACCAAUGUAUUGCCAAAACUAGUCUACCACUAGCCAAGCUGUGUGCUAUGGUUACUAUGCAGAAGAGAAAUGACCGAUCUGUCCAGACUUUCACCCUGCCCAUAAACUCUGUGUCAGGUGAUGGGCAGGAGGUGGACCCAGAGCAGAAGGCAAAGCAGAAAGAUUGUGGCUUGUUGACUCUUACAAUUCACUACAAGACACAUGUUGUCCACAAUGACACUAGUACUGCAGCUCACAGAAACGUAGGACAAUCCCAAGUCUGUUUAUCUGUUGGUAUUCUCAAGGCUUGCGGGCUCAAGGCUGCAGCAGAGGCUAUUGCCUACACAGACUCGGGAAUGCAGUACCCAGCAGAAGUGGGUGUCAACACCUACAUUAAAGUCCAACUGUCAUUCCUUGACAAAUCAGAGGAGAGAAUCACCAGAACAGUUGCCCGUUCUUUUGCUCCCGAGUUUUCCCACACAAUGGAUUUUCCCUGUAACCUGAUCUGGACUGAGGCUGAUAAUGAGGCUUUGUCCUUGUCAGAAAUCCUAGAGAGAGGCCAGCUCAAGUUAGAAGUGUGGCACCAGGUCCCAGGUCUGGCAUCAGAUAUUGAUCGACAGAUGCUGGUUGAAGAUGACAGGAGUGGUAGGAAAUUGAGUGAUGUGUUGCUGGGAACUUGUGAAGUUCCUCUCUCAUCUUUGUUAACUCACAGAACAGGAAUAAGUGGCUGGUUUCCCAUCAAUCUCUCACCUAAUUCUUCACCAGAGGACAACAUGGAUGCCUCAGGUUACCAUGGAAACUACCUCCAUCGAGUUGUAGGGGGUGUGGAGUUGGAGGUUAAAUUCGCCCAUCACAAUGACAGGGAGAAGGUUAUACAUGCAGGGAGGAGUGUGGGGUGGUCCCCUGUGGAUCUACAGGUGGAGGAUGAGGAGGAAUGGAUGAGUGAUGAUGAAAGUUCAGGUCGCUUUUAUAGUGUUACCAUCUGUGUAGACCAGGCAAACUUCCCAUUAGCCAAUGCUCUUACAACUGGUCAUGAUACACUUGAGAAGGGAGCCAGAUGUUAUGUUCGUUAUAAACUUUAUGACAGAGCUGCUGUAAUAUCCAAAGUCACCAAAAUGGCUGACAGUGAUGGCAUAUUGACCUCAGAAUUGGGACACAAGCACACACUUCAAAUUCCUGCGUCUUCUCCAUUUCGCUGGUAUCUUCGGGAGGAGACGCUGGAGGUGCAGGUGUGGGUCAGUUACAGUUAUAACCAGAGCCAGAGACCCCAGCAGCGAGACAAACUGAUAGGGACAGCUUACAUCAACCUGGAGACACUGGCUGACAAGCGACGCUCGCAGCACAGAGUUAGUGGGCUUUACCCAUUAUUCAAGGCAGGAGGAGCUAAUUUAGGAGGGGCCUGUAUUCAGGCUCAUGUGACAUUAAAACCAAUGUUUGGGGUUCCAAAUCAGAGGGACAAUGAAGCUAAUAUGUCCGAUAUCCAUGACACUGAUUACGACCCCAAUGACAGUUUCCACCAGCUGACUGGCCAAUCAAAACGUGCCAAAUCCCCCAGAAAACAGGCCAGACUUCAGGAGGAGGAUGAAGAAGUUGUCCCAACAUUCUCUGUUAUGAUUUCAGUGGAAAGAGCUAUGCAUUUACCUAGGGUGUCAGAGCAAAAGAGAUCUGGUGAACAAUUGCCAAAUGCAUAUGUUUCCUACCAGACUGCUGAAUCAGCUGAUCCUACAUUCACUGAUGUGUUUCCAAACUCCGACAAUCCUAUCUGGGAUCAUCAGAAUGAAACCAGACUCAGCACAGAGCUCCUCUUUGAGGAAAACAAGAACUUGGUAUUCAAAGUCUGGCACAAACCUAGCACUUGUGGGAAGACUCCAGACAAGUGCUCUGAUAGAGUGCUGGGAUUUGUCUCGGUAGAUUUAACUCCCUUGUCCACUGGACUCCAGCAGAUGUGUGGCUGGUACAACAUCACUGACUUUAAUGGACAGUGCCAAGGGCAGAUCAAGGUUAACAUUAUUCCGCAAGAAUGUCUGAGACAGUACAACCAAGACACCAAUUCAGCAAACCAACCAGCCAGUCUUCCAGUGAGGAGUGAAUCAUCCGUCCACCACCUUCCGUCCUGGAUCCAUGAACAGCCAAUGUCUUUCCCUCUCACUAGCAAACCUUUCUCCUCUAAUCUACCUCAGUUUGAGCCUUCUCCAUUGACCAAUAUGCAGCAGCCCCAUGCUUUGCAGCAGCAGCUUGUUGAGAACAUCAGACUCUUCCUUGAUGAGCAGCAGGCAACAUUAGAUUCUAAACCAGACUUCACAGGGAUCAGCAUAGAAAGAGAACCGUCCAUUCACUGGGUCCCCAAAAUGCCAGAGCACAAAUUUGAAGAGCCUAGUGAUAGCUCCAGAUCAAUUCUUUUUGGAAAUUUAAGGAAACAAAUGCAGGACUUGGAUCUAAUAACAUCAAGGCUGAAGCAAAAGUUAACUCCGAUAUUUACUUUGCCCCAGCAAUUCUCUUCCGAACCAGAGGCUCCUGUGUCUUGUCGCUCCACAGGACAUGCCACUCUGACUUCCACACAUUCAGGACUAAGCACUAUCUCCACACUCCACUUACAACACAGUCAGAGAGACUCCUCACAUACUCCGGAGAGUGAGCUGCUUCUGACGGCCUCUAAUGAGGGCGAGUCCUCGAGGACAGGUGUUGACUCAGGUGUUCUGUCGGUGACUCACUCGAGUGAAAAGUACCAAUAUCAGGAGGCUCUGGACUCACAGAGGAGUGAUGGACUAGAAACAUUUAGACUCAGAUCCCUGACUCGAGAAUAUAAUAAGGACUCACCAAGAGAUCACAAUUCUGACACUGGGAUUCAUUGUCCGUACACAUCUCGUGAGGAAGAUUCUUCCUCAAACUCCAAUGUUGGGAACACACCAAGAGAAUCACACAGUAAGAAUAGCACCCCAAGAGGACUAGCUACACACAGUGUUGGGAGUACUCCAAGAGAUCCAUACUCUGUGUCAAAUGGAUCCAAAAUGUCAGAUCCAUCUUCAUUGGGAUUUCAGUAUCAGGGGGAUAUGUCUUCCAGGAGUCAUAUGUCAGGAAGAAAUGGAGUACAAGAUGUCACUGGAAAAUCUGUGGACGUGAUGUUUGAAAGAGAUGAGAAUAACUCAAAUGUAAAUUCAAACUUAGAAGAGAAGAAAAUGGAACCAAAGGAUAUGUCUGUCAUUGAGGAAAAUGCAGAUGAGAGUGGAGGGGAGGGUGAUGAGAAAUAUUAUCACCGAUACAGGGAUAUUCUAGACGAACAAGACAGCGAAGGUUCAGAUGUGGAAAGUGAAGCGGAUGUAGUGGUACCUAGGACAUUGAAUGAUGUUUCAGGCAAAUUUGGGGGAAUACCUGGCCAUGAGUUACACUCAUCAACUGGACCAAGAGAAUCCCCCCGGGAGUUCCAACAGAGUGAUCACACCAUGCCAUUCGAUGUUAGAAGUGAUUCCAGGAGUGGAUCCAAAUCUAGCCCAGGAAGUGGAUCCAAAUCUAGUUCCGGCAGUAAAAAGACCUCUGAGGCAGAGUUGUCAGACCAGGAGGAACCUCUGAAAGAAAAUCUGCAGGAAUCAAGGUGUGAUAAACACCAGUUUUAUGUGGAGAAGGAUAGUUGGUUUUCUGAUGAAGAACUUGACCUUCAGAAAUCAAGUUAUGUUCCCUCUAAUGGACCUGAAUCAUUAAGGGUUAAUUCUUUGAUUGUCCAGGAAGAAUAUGAAGUUGAAGAAAUUGUUGAAAAAGACAGUUGGUUUUCAAAUGACCACAGCAAAUCAAAUUUAGAUGCAUCAAAUUUUCCCAAUGAAAAUGACAGUAGUGAUGUGAUUUUGUCGAAAAAUACAAAACAUUUAUUAUCAAAAGUGAAACUUGACACAAUUUCCUCAGCAGGAAGUAGAGAAUAUGACAGUUUUUAUUUCAAAGAAGAGAGGGAGUUGCUAAGCAAUGUGGACUUAGACUCCGUAACUUCAGGAACAAAUACGCAAAAAGGAGAAUCUGUGCGGAACUCCACCACGUCAUUCCAUGUAAGUCGGAGUGGUGACCAUGAAAACUAUCAUCUAGAAGAAACCAGCAUUGAGACUGUCCCCCAGUCACCUAAACAGAUGUAUUCUCAUGUUGUUUGUGAGUUAGAGGAAUUCUUUGAACAAUCCAAAUCAGAAAAUGCCCGAGUUCAGUUUUCACAAGACAGCGAGGAGGAACAGGAGGGGGGUUUCCUUUAUUCUGGAGAACCAGAAAAUAGCAGUAGUGAUGUAGAGGGGGAGGAAUUUGUGGAGGAGGAUGAGGAGAGAGUUGAAAUUCCUGUACAACAAGCAAACAAAACAGACAUUGGAAAACAAAUUCCCAACUUCUUUCUACCUGUGGAGCAUUUGCAGGAGUCGAUGAAAGUUCUUCAUUUAGCCACCAAAGGCAUGCCAGGGAAUGAAGCAACAAAUGAAAAGGAACUUAGUGUUGAAUGCAGGGAGGAGAAAACUCAAGCAGCCGCAGAAAUGAAAAACAAACUCUGUCAAAACACUGCACAGUCACGCUUUACUAAUGGGCCAGUCAAGAGCAGACAACUCCCAACUGCAGAGGAAGCCAAGAGGAUUGCUAAAAUUUUCUCAUCUAAGGCAUCUUAAACACAUGUAUAAUUUGCUCCAACUUCUUCAAGAUUUAUUUUUUGUUAAUUCCUUUAUCUCAUUAAGUAGACUCAUUUAGUGAAAUAUGUAUCACUACCGAUAUUAUAGAUCUGAUGUGGAUUAAAUUUAUGUAGAUUCUUUGGAGAGGACAUUAGAGAGCUAGACAUUAAUUUCAUCUAUUAAAUUAAGAGACAUGUAACAAAUAACGUUGGGAUAAUUGCCCAUCCUAGAAACUAAAUACAAGGGUGAUAAAAAGUUCUGAAAUUAAUUUAUUAAUAAGAAUUAUCAAGAAAACCUCCUUCAGCUCUUUCGGGUUUAAUGUCAAAAAAAAGUGAACUUGAAAAAAUAUUUGGAAAGGGAUGAGCAAAUACCUACGUCUUUUGUCUAUUGUUUUGUAUUUUAGUAUAUAGUUCAAAACUUUUGAUCACCCAUGAAUGACCCUCAUAUGGCCUUCCCACUCACUAUUUGCGUUGUAGAAUGUCCACCAAUGGACAGAUUUAGAUCUAGUCAUUCUGUUAAGAAAUAAAUUUUUGGUAAUUCAUGAGGACAUGAACUAUGUCUCUUUAUGCCAGCAUAUUUCAUGAAGGGCAUUACCAUUUCAUGAUAAAUAUGGAGACAUGUAGCAUUGUGUUUCAUGUAUCUCCAGAAUUUCCAAAAAUUAAAUUCAUAUCUUAUAUUUACAUUAUUUAUCUAAUGGCUUGCAACAAAAUAUGUCAUUCAACUUUCAUUUUGAAACAAAGCAGUUUGCAUUAUAGUUUUGUCAUCAAGUAAGAUAAUAUUGACAUCACAAUGGAGAUAUUCAAGUUCAUCCAUGGUAGUUCAUGAGGGAGCAAACCAUUUUUUAAUUUGCAAAGACUUUUGGGGGAAAAUAUUUGGAAAGGUAAAUAUUUUCCUGUAUCCCAUUAGUUGCUUGUUGAAUUCAAAAAUUUGAAGUCUAAAAUCUGAAACACUGCUUAACAGUGUGAAAAAAAAAUAACUGCUUUUAAAAAUGUUCUGUUGCUCUCUUUGUGGUAAACGCAGUAAGAAAAAUUUUCCGCUUUUUACUUGAUAUUAAUGCAUUUAAUAUGUAACCUAAAAUACUAGUAUAUGUCCUUGUUAGGUGUCUGAUUUAUCAAUCCUUAUCUGUGAUAUUUGAGUCUUAUCCAUUGAUAGGUAUGAAUGAGAUUUGUAUGUAUCUUAUCUAUUCUUAAGUGUGAGUGAGUUUAGUAUGUGUGCUUUUGUGGUUUGUUUUGGAGUUCUGCAGAAAUCCUUUAGGGCUACAUGUAUAUGGAUUAAAAAAAAUAACUUUGCAGGGAUAGAAAAUCUCACUUUUAGAGUUUUUCAAUUUUGGUGCUUGUUAGAAUUUUGAACACCAUUUUAUGUGACGUUCUUGGUUACAGAUAUGUUUUGUUUAAUGAUAAAGAAUAUUUCAGGAGGAUGUAAUCUGCAAAUAUUUAAUAUAUGUGGAAAGCAUCUCUUCUAGUAUAUGUACCAGUAUGUAAAAUUGUAUCUUUGAAUAGCUUGAAAUUUAUAAUUCCAGUACUAGGAUUUUGAAAUACGAGUAGCUGAAUUGUUGAUGGAAGAAGUGUUUGUAUAUUUGUAAAUAUUAUCCGUUAUUUAUUGCAUCAAACUCAGAUAUUGAAUACAUUUUGAUAUUAUUUUUAGAGAGAAACGAAAAAAAGAGAGA